AUGGCUGUCGACGUCGAAGAGCUUAUCAUAACGCCGUUUCGUGAGGUGGUGGAGAGGGGGAAGGAAGCCGUGUCGAACGCCGAAGAAGCGCAGACCGACGACCCGGAGCAGGCCAAGCAGAUGAUGAAGUCCGCAGUGGCUAUCACCAAGGAGGGCGAGCGCGCGCUGAAACGGCUGCAACCGCUCUGGGACAGCCAGGUUGAGAAGCACGGUGACACAUUCAGGGACAUCAUUGCGGACAACGACGACAUUGCGGAGAAACGGCGAGUUCUUGAAGAGCUCUUGUACGACUUUGAGGAUUUCUUGGACCUGGAAAGUUUCGACUCAUCGAAGUUCGCCGAGGUCCAGGCCGCAGCCAGAUCGUUCGCUCUAGACGUGUUGGACUCGAUCAAAAGGAUGAAGAUUGAAACCAAAACUCCCACAACUCCGGUCUCGGCGUUUCCACCGUUGCCUCCAUUGCCUCCUUUGCCGCCGUUACCGGCACAGCCUCCGAAACUCGCCUCCCAGCCCGGACAGGCGCCGCCGUCGCGAAGCGGCAGCCAGGCCAGCGCCAAUUUCUCAUUGUUUCCCAUCGUUUCCCGACAGCAGCCGAAACGGACUGCGACCAGAAGCUCACACGGGUCAGCAGAUGGAGCGACGCCACGCCGGAACUCGUCCGUCGCCAGGUCCGCUGCCUCUGACACUAGAUCUUCGCACGUGUACUCAUCCGGCAAUCAAGAUACGACAAGAACGAAUGUCUCGGCAGCCUUCGAUUGCAGGGAAGAGUAUCGAUCAUCGUCCCCCGAUGUUCUCGGGGAAGAACUGAACCAACUCAAGAUCAUAACAUCACAGGAACCACCGCCACACCCAUGGACAUCCAACUGGAUCGAGGAACAAACUUCAGCCCCGAGGCCCCGUCGCCAUGUACGAGGAAGUAUACCAGAGGACUCGGCCGUGACAAAUCAUGCACUGAGCGAUAGCGCGACUGCUGCUCGUUUCAACAAAUACGGCCUCGACAACAGCAUCACUCCGCAAAGCUCCGUCUUCGAUCCCACCAGUCCCUCAUCCACUACAAAUCGAACAUCGGUGUACUCAGAUUCACCAACACAAUCGUCCACCGGACCGUCGCCCAAACUACCUGUGAGCGAGAUGCGAUUAUCCUCGCUAGCGGCGAUUCACUUCGGGCCGACCGUUUCCAUGAGCCUCCAACCCCCGGGCCACUUCAGUGACGGUCUGAUGCUGGCUGACGAGCAGGCGGUUUCGGAAACCAGCACCCAGCGCCACAGGUCCAUCUCAACUCUCGCAAAGGAGGAGGAUUGUUCGAUCGGGCCGAAGAGCUCCUUUCACCAGCUCAAGGGAUUCUGCGAGGGCGCACAGUCGUUCCGCCGGGGUGGAUACUGGAAUGGCCUCAAGCAGGCCAUGGCAUAUGGAGAACCUCUCGCGAUUGGGCGGUGCCUGAACUGCGAGUAUUAUCACAUUUACAAGGAACUCACUCUGGACAGUGUUGCGCGUGCAAACUUCCUCAAGUUCGGUUUGCUGUACCGUAUGCGGUUCUUGAUCAAGUCCCACAUCCCCGCUAGGACAACGUCGGAAAUCCGUUACGCAUGUCUCUUUUGUAUUCGUGCCGGCCAUACGGUCCACGAGGGCGAUGCGACCGUCUUCCAGAGUGCCGACCAGCUUCUCAAGCACCUGGCACGUCACCCUCAGCCUCUUCCCGCCGUGCCCGGCGUGACGGUGCUGUAUGGCCAGGUCGACAAGGACCACCAUCAGAUCGAGGACUACGAUAUCCACUUUCCGUCUCCGCCGGCACCGAGCCCAUUCCCCGAAAUCGACACUUUCGCCCAAUUCCCCGUCGCCACGGCCUUGAAAAGCCACGUCCAGCGAUGGGGCGAGACCCUGGCCCGCCCGGACGACAGCACGGACGUGUUGAAGUUCUUCGUCGGGGCCAAGAUCGUCGGCGUCGAGUUCCCGGAGAAAUGGGGCGGCAAGUGGUGCAUCGGCUGGCAUGACGGCGUGCGAGGCGCCUUCCCGGCGAAAUACGUCGAGAUCGAGGGCCCGAGACAGAACGAGAUCUCGUUCCAGGCCACCAGUGCGGUCUCGUUGACGACGAGGUGGAAAUGGGACCCCCCGGACAGUUCCAGGAUAGGGUGGCUCACUUUCAAUAAGGGAGAGACGAUCAAGAAUGUCGGCUGGCUGUAUCAAGACCAUUGGUGCUGGUCAGGGACCAAUAGUAAGGGGAAGUUCGGCAUCUUUCCGCAGUCUCACGUCAACCCCAAUUCUCUAAAGGAGGGCGCCAUAUCAUCGGCCACGAAGCGGCCACAAACCAGUGGCCCAAUGAGACUAUUUAGUAGGAGAAGACCGAGUAGUACAGCAUCUUCUAUGAGCGGGGAUACGUAA